UUUCAGUUAAACACAGUUAACACAACUCAAUUUUAUUCACGAGUAAUGAGUUGAGUCAAAAAUAUGUUGGUGAUCAGUUACAAUAAAAAGUUAUCAUUACUUUAAAAUUUAAAUAGUUUAAAAUUAAUUAAGUAGGUAAGGAUUUUAUAAAUGAAAAAUUGUACAUAUUAUUAUACAGUAGAACCUCCGUGUAACAGUUAUCGAAGAGACCAGAAGUAAUAUUUAUCAUUCAGAAGUGGUUUUCCAAUAAAGUUUACACGCAGGUGCAGUUCAAAUAGAAAAAGAACAUAGCUGAAGUGGUCGAUCCGAAAAAAAUAAAUAUGUUACCAGCGACUGUUUUGCUUACUCUUAUAGCAACAACCGUUUUGAAGGAUAGCGACGCUUACUUGAGCGAAUCAGCCAUUAAAAAAACACAACAGAUGUUGAAAAAUGUAUGUUCAAAGAAACAUUCAAUUGAAGAGGACGUAUUUAAUUUCAUCAAGAACGGAAAAUUUCCUGAUAACAACAAUGACAUAAAAUGUUACUUUUCCUGUAUUUUCAAAACUAUGCAAAUGGUCAAUCAAAAGGGAAUGCUUGAUAAAAAAAUGUUCAAAGACAAGAUGACGAUGAUGGCACCUCCGAAUGUACUUAAAAUUUUAUUACCAGCCAUUGAACAGUGUAUCGGAAAUGGAAAUGACAAGGGUUCAGAAAUUUGUCAGUCUUCGUACGAUUUCAUUAAAUGUGCGUACACUCUUGAUCCCACUACUUUAGAAUAUCUACCACUCUAGACGUCGUCACUUUCAAUUAAAAGUUGAUAGAUUCCGAAUA